GAGGAGGAAGGAGAAUUGCACGCUAAAAUGAUGCCAGGGACGGUUGAAAAAGCGGUCGAAACGGGGAAGGGAAACUGGUGGACAUCAGCUGUUACCGAGUAUAAGAUGUGGGAGUUCGCCUAGCAGCCAUAUUGAUCCCGGUUGGUAUAGCAGUAGUGUAAACAGAGGGAGGUGGGACUCACGUCGUACGAGUGUCCUGGCUGAACUUUCAGGUUUCCAGUGAAUCCCGAGGAUGGUUUUACCCUCCACGUGAAGCGUGAAGUGCCGUUCGAGUGCCCUGUUUGGGGGAGAAGAACGAACGAAGCGGGAAAACGCCCGUUCCACAGCCCUUACCCCGUCUCCCAGGAAAGAUCAUCGUCUUCCAUUCGAAAUAAUGAUGAACGAAUUGGGGGCCCCGUCGACGCCGAUCGUCCGAAGACGGACGUACAUAGUCGGGUACUCAGGUUAUAUUCCGGGGUUGAUGUUCAGGUAUGGCCAGACCUUCGGAAAAGCGGCUGAGGAGAGCAUCGCUCUCUACCUGAAGCAGCAAGCGGAGAGGAGAGUCAGGGAAGAGGUCAAGCGAUCCAGGUCGUUGCCAAGACUGAAGCCGAAACGAAGCGACGCUCAGGUCAUCGAGGAUUUCUACAACAAAUACGGUCUUGAUGGCCGAAGUAAUCCAGACUACCCGCCCCUCCCAGGAUACACUGGUUACAUCCCGAAGGUGAAACCAACCGACCUGGGAAUCGGCAAGACCUUCAGUGCCGCUGCCCGGAGUGGAUUGGCCUGCGUGUCCCUGGCCAGAGAGAGGAGAGAGGUCCUGAACCCUCAGCUGCAUCCUGCCGUCCCAACUGCACAUCAUCACACCACAACCCCAUCCUAGUGCGUCUGGAAGUCCUAUAGGACCUAACUAAGAAAAUGCAACCUUCUCCUUAUCAUUAGCAGGAAGUCCUGCACGCAUUUUUGGUAGACCCCUGAAGUGUUCUUGUUUUGGCUGGUAGGCGUUUCCAGAGGAUGAACUUCUUGCUUUUGCUGGAAAGCAUUUCCAGAAGACGGCCUCUGGCAUUUACUGGAAUGUGUUCCCAAAGAACAACUUCUUGUCGUUACUGGAAACCGUUUCCAUAGAACGACUUCUAGAUGCUGGAAGGGGUUUCCAAAGAAUGACUUCUUGCUUUGUCUUGAGUGUGGUUCCAGAGGCCUACUUCUCGUAUUUACUGAAGGGCACUUCCAGUAGAUGGCUUCCAGUAUUUGCUGGAAGACAUUUCCAAAAGAAGAAUUGGAAAGUGUUUCCAGAGAACGGAUUCUUCCUAUUCAUGAGAUGUUUUGAAUCAGUAUUCAAAAGUCUGUGCCCAGAAUGGCCAGAUUAAUUUCACUUUUUGUAUUUGUGAAUUUGAAAGAGAUUUCCUUUCUCUUUAAUAUGCGAAUGAAGAGAGCCAAUUUUUUUCAUGGUCUGCUUUAAACAUAUAUAUCAAAUUUUACAAUGCAAGGUAGAAUUUUCCACUUGGAAACCAUCUGCCGAGUUGAUGCACUUGCUAACGAUUAGUCAACUGCUUUGCAUAUGUCAGUGAGUCUUCAGUCCUAUCGUUUAACAGAUUCCAUUCUCCUCUUAGGUUUUAGAUGCAAGGCAUUAUUGGCCAGACAAGAAUCAAAGGCACAGAUGGGGCUUACUACCCAUUGCUAUGCUAGUUUUACGAGAAAGCCUGUACGCAUAAAGCUAAAACUCAUGCAUUUUUGUUCAUUGCGCAUUUGUUUCUUUCAACAGAAUCCAUGAGUCCAUUUACCUUUUAACCCUUUAACUUACAUUUUACCUAUAUAGCCCUAAGUCCCUCCAUUUUUCUUCCUCGACGCAUCCAUCGAACUCGAGCCAUCUCCUCAAUCCAUCCAUGCUUCCACCAUGACAUCCAUGCCACGGAAAGCCCUCCUUCUCCCACCGCUAGCCUUAUUCCGUUCUAGUGCUGCUGGAGUCAGUCCGUCUAGACCAGGGGUCUCCGAACCAUGGCCCGCGUGCUACAUCCUGGCCCGCCAUUGGACAUCAUGUAGGCUGCAGCUCAUAAUCAAAAGCCACGUCAAGCCCAGUUUUACCAGUUGCGACCAGUCAGUUCAAGCUCAAGCGUGGUGGCAGUCACUAAUCUCCCAUCACCCUGAUGCUCUUAUUUUUCCUUGGAGUUAUAAUUUGCAUAUUCAAACUGCCAAGUUUAUUCAACUUUGGAGUUACCCCAAAUGCUCUUAGGAACUUCUCGUAGGAAAAGAACUGACGCACAUUCAUUUUCCUAUGGCCUGCAGAGAUAAUCAAAUAUAUAAUGUGAUUCACUGAAAAGUUUGGAGACCCCUGGUAUGGCCUAAAGCACCCCCUACAACCCUCCUGUUCUCGCUUGGAGGGAAAUCUGGAUCUACUCAGAGUCUCGUCCAGUCUUGAUCCAGCUCGCGUCGUUCCAGCGAGAUCGCCUGGAAACUCCUUAGGAUAUCGACGACGAUGCUCGAGUUGUAUCGAGCGACGCCUGAUUUAUUAGAUAAUGUAAUGAUAAUAAUAGACACUUAUAAUAACGUUUCACACGCCACCUUCAACCUUACGCCAUAUUGUCUCACUUACCGAAGGGAUGCCCUCACAACCUCUCCCUGCCUCUUCGUCAUAUAUUUUUGUUUUAGAAAAAAACUGUGAUGUUGUUCCACGGCAGUCUCUAUAAACUUGUGGAAAAAAGAAGAACCUUAGAGGGUUUCAUACAUGUUUGUCCCAUCCUUCACUGCUUUUGUGGCGUAAAGCAAUAUAAUUUUUCUUUUUAAAUUUGCAGUCUUCUUGUAACUUAGUUUAGGCUGAACCGUCAACACUAGAUAAUUCUGUAUUUAUGUCACAAACUUUCCAAAAAAUAACAAAAAAGCUUCUAGGAUACAAAUAAUAUUUUUGGUUUUGUUAGUUAUGUUUUGUUUUCUACUGAACAGUAUUUAGAAAAAAAAAUGAAACUAAUUACUCUCUCAGAAUGAAUUAUCAUUUACAGCCAUUUGGAGAGCUCUUGCUUUUCUAUGAUACAUCUACGUAUGUUCAGAUUGAGAAAUCUUUUUCAUUGCAAUUUUUUUCCCUUUCCUAUUGUGUUUUAAAACGUUUCAUUUUUCCUGUUUGUUAAAGAAGUUUUUUUUUUUUGCCUAGCGAAAUCGUUCGCAAAAGUCAGUUACUUUGAAAUUAUAUUUUUAGUUUUUGAUGUCGCCGUUGAGGUUUGUCGAUUAUUUUUUAUUUUUUUUUUUUUUUGGUCAAAUUUCUCAAUUUUUGAAAGGUUGUGUUGGUGUUCAGUAUUUUCAGGAUCAGAUUUGCUCUCAAGCUUUCGUAUUCACAACUUGUUUUUGCUGAUGUUGCCUGAUACAGCAGACCUUAUGCGCCCGAAGAUACUGCAUUAUUAUUUCUUAUUAUAUUUUAUAAUAAUUUUGUUACAACCCCUUUCUCUCAAUAUGUAGUGAAAUUCUAUUCUGAGAGAAAUGCACAUUAAUUUUCAAUAUAUAUUUGACUAUAUGUUUAUCACCAUGUUUUGAAAGUUAUUUGCUAAACUGAUGGCCUUUUAGGCUCAGUAUAUGAAUGUGCAUCCUUAAUAUGAACAAUUAUAAUAGGAUAAAGAAAUAAUCACUUUCGUUUAAAUC